GAAAGAGAGAAAGAAUUUGUGUGUUUAGGGACGUGCUUCUCUUUGCAUCACUUGUCUUUCCGCCUCCCGUUCAGACGCGUUUUGUCUCAACUCCAGCUAACGUCAUGAGCAUGCUCCCCUUCCAAGCGGCGCCGGGUCAGUUCGGCCCAGAUGUCCGGUUGCCAGGUCUGCGGGUGUGGAGGGUGGAAAAAAUGAAGGCGGUGUCGCUGGAUUCAUCCGAGGUGGGAGCUUUCUAUAAUGGAGACUCCUAUCUGGUGCUGGAGAACCGUGGUGAACAGGGAGCUGACCUCCACAUGUGGAUAGGUGAGAAGUCGUCUCGGGACGAGCAGGUGGCGUGUGCCAUGCUGGCCACCCAGCUGGACAACUUUCUGGGCGGUGACCCCGUCCAGCACAGGCAGGUUCAGGGCUUUGAGACCCCAGAGUUCAUGGAGCUCUUCCCCAGAGGGGUCAGCUACAAGGAGGGUGGAGUGGAGUCCGGCUUCAGGAGGCCUCAGGGCAGUGGGACGGUGCAGAGGUUGUACCAGAUCAAAGGGAAACGCAAUAUCCGUGCCAAGGAGGUGGAGCUGUCCUGGAACAGCUUUAACAAGGGAGACUGCUUCAUCCUUGACCUUGGAGAGACCAUCGUGUCAUGGAUCGGAUCACAGGCCAACAUCUUCGAAAAGCAGAAAGUGCGUGAGAUCGCCUCGCUGAUCCGUGACACAGACCGACAUGGGAAAGCUCGUAUCGUGCCCACCAGCGAGGGGGAAGAGCCAGAGGAGAUGCUGAAGGUCUUGGGACAGAUGCCACCGCUGGCAGAGAGCACGCCAGAGGAGGACAGUAAAGCAGAUGCUUCCAACUCUGCCUCCCUCUACAAGGUGUCCGAUGCGACAGGUUCCAUGACGAUGACCAAAGUGUCAGAGAAAAGCCCAUUUGCCAAGGAUCUGCUUGUCCGUGACGACUGCUUUAUUCUUGACAAUGGCGCCAACGGAAAGAUCUUCGUCUGGAAAGGCAAUGGAGCAAAUGCAGAAGAGAAGAGAGUGGCCCUACAGAUGGCAGACAGCUUCAUCGAACAAAUGAAGUACCCCAGGAUGAAAACACAGGUGGAAAUUCUGCCACAAGGGAAGGAGACCAUCAUCUUCAAGCAGUUCUUCACAAACUGGAACUAAACAUUUCCUGGGACGAAUCCUGCACUCGCAAAGAAGCUGUAAAUCUGAAAACAGACUGCAUCUGAUGCGAAAUACAUCUUUUUUUUUUAUAUGCAUCGACUUGUAUGUACAUAUUUGUAAGAGCACGCUGCAGGUUUCUGUGGCCUUUGGUAGAAUCAGAGAUGUGAUGCCACUUUUAUAAAAAACAAACAAAUUUCCUGUGAUGAGAGAUUAAACAUAUAGAGAGAAAUAUUCCAAAAAAAAAAACACCUUAAUGACUUGAUUUUUUUUUUUUACAUUUGUUCGAUAGUGUCACAGACUUUCCUGCAUUUGAAAAAUAAAUCUUAAACUGCUCGCUACUUGUG